CAUCACUUCAUCACUGCGCUACCUGGCGCAUCUCCAUUUACCAGCCACUCAAUAAUGAAUUUUACGAUGUUAUGAUCUUUGCUAUACCUGGCUUCCCCUUCCGAUGUCUUUCUGUCCCGAUUUUUCGUCUUCGCAAUGAGUUGAGCGUCACUGUCGCAACCCGUCUACCAACGACUUGAAUCUCACCCUUUGAAGACACUGAUAUUGUGAACGGCAUCUUUGCAUGUCCCCCGCUUAUUGAUUCCUUGAAAAUAUCUGACCCUGCUAUUCAUAGUAAUUGAAGUAGUUUAUUCCCUUGGUUUAAUUGAUACCCGAAAGCUGCACAUAUCCAUCUACUCGUUAUGGACCAACGGAGAAGCAGUGGAUCUCGCCCGGAGCGAGUGCCUGUACCCGCGCAAGUCCGAAAGAAUGCAUAUCAACACCAAGAGGAGCCUCGCUACCAUGGAAAGGCACCUGCGACCGGCGGUGAAGAAAUGUCUUAUGUUCCGGCUCGCUCCAAUUCGCAUCGUCGAAGGGAUAGCCAACUCUACUAUGCUCUAGAAGAACUGCCCGCUGCACCCGAUGCUCCUCGAGGAGGACCGCCAUUGUCGUACAAAGACUCUGUUGGCCCAUCUGCAUCUGCGCCGGUUCGACGGCGCAGUGAUCCUAAAUCGUAUUCCUCACGUAUCGCAACGCAACCUCCGAACAUCGAUACUGGCGCCACGCGACACCGAGAUCCUCCGUUCGAACCGGUUUCCCCGGAAGGACAAGCGACAUCCUCUAGUAUGCGUUUAGCGAACCCAAAAGACCGCGUUGCGAGCGGCGAAACCGUCGCGAGAAGGGGAUCCGUCCCCGACAGAUCGCCGCUGCAAAAGCUAGAGGGCAAACUUGGGGACAUCAGUAAGGAAGAGAAGCGUGCUCGGAUUGCCGAAGCGGAAAUACGAGCGAGGGAGGCUAGAGAACGGUCCGACGCGAAGAAACAAAGGUCGAGGCAAGCUACACGAGACGCCCUUGAGAGGACAACGGGAGGCAGUGAACAACAAAAUUUAGUGCCUUCCCGAAGCGAUAAACCCAGACGGGCCGCUACGAUGCCAGUGAGAGGAAAUAUGGAUCCAGGACCAGUUCGUGAUCCUGAAAGGGAGCAUGCUCCAAGCCACCAUGAUCAGACCGUGCUUCCUCCUCCGAGGCGAUCCCAAACCCAAAGGUCGGUUAGUGGGCCUAGUCAACAAGUCCCUUAUGCUGUGGAGCCUGUUGAUCAAUAUGCGCCGCAACCAAGAAAGAGUGUCUCUACAAAGCCGCGCCCAAGCAGUGGAAGACACGAUUACGAGCACAAAGAACCGCGAACCCCUCCGCAAGGUGCUCUUGCAACUGGAGCGGCAGGUGCCACAGGAUUAGGUCUCUACGCAUCCCAGGACUCGCCAAAUCAAUAUCACGCCCACGAAUCACCGAACGUAACAGUCGCACGAAGCGGAAGCAAGAAAUUGCAGAAGCAGCCUCCCCGCCCGAAUAGUUAUGUAUCUCGAGAUCCGGGACCGUCAUCUGCCCCAACUGCACCUCCACCCCAGAGAACUGUAUCCCAGGGCUAUGACCCUGCAUAUCCUCCUAAACCUAGCGUGACAAGCACACGAACCGGUCCACUACAUGAAAUGAGUCAGUCGAAACAUCGGGACGCACCGCUCCCGGCACCAAUGGCACGAGACAACCAUCUUGUGCCUCCCAAGCAACCUGGACAACACCAUCAUCACUUCCUCCACCGUCAUGAUGAGCCAGAGAGACGGUACCAGAAAACCCCGACCAUUGAAGAAUUUCGGAGAGCGGGAACCGCAACGCUGGUCAUCGAUGACUUCCGCCUGGACAAUGCCGCUCCAAAAGCUGGAGUUGAUAAUGACCCGUGGUGGGAGAAGAGCACUGGAUCACAACGCCGUCGGCACUCCGGUCAGGCUGCCGCAGCACCCUACGACACUUACGAAGGACCGUAUAAAGACGAAACGGGAAGAACACUGUUCAACCCUCCGCUGUACCUCAAGAGUGGCCCACUGCUAAGAUAUUGUGGCAUCCAACGGGAACAGACAACAGCUCGAAAUGGAGAACUUCUCGAACAUGAGACAUGGCGCGGCACCAUCAUGAUCGUCACGAUCGACAACCAGUCCACCUACACCACCCCUCCCACCCUCCGGCUCUUUAGCUCCCCAACCGAACUCCCCCCACCACCCCCAACCCACCUCGACGCCACCAACGGGCAACAACUCGCCCCCGAAUACGUCGACCCUAUCGCCGGCGCCAUCAAAGGCAGCCGCAUCGGCAAAACCCUCUACGUCCGCCCCGUCGAAUACCUCCCGGAAGGCAUCGACCUCUCCCGCGUCGAAGACGAUUCCGGCCUUUUCGAAGAAACCCCCUCCCCUCCCCCCCACGGCCAAGCCACCCCCGGCGCCACCCGCACCCAAAAACGCACCCGCGACGGCGACCACCUCGGCAGAUACCGCGAAGUCAGAGCCGUGCGCCUGCACGCGGAGCGCGGCGUCACGUUCUGGCGGUUCCACCUCGGCGUUGAGCUCGGAACGCGGGCGGCGCGCGUGGCGUAUCGCAUCAACCGCGGGCCAGCGAUCCCAUUCUGGGUGCCGGCGCGCGGUGAGUCGAUGAACAUCAUGUUCUCUUCGUGCAACGGGUUUAGCGUCUCGGUGGAUCCACGGGAGUUCGGCGGGCCGGAUCCACUAUGGCGGGACGUGUUGAAUGCGCAUACGCUGCGGCCGUUCCACGUGAUGGUGGGAGGUGGGGACCAGGUGUAUAAUGAUCGGGCGACGGUGGAGACGGAGCGGUUGGCGGAGUGGUGCGCGGUGAAGCGGCCGGGGGCGAAGGAGGAUUGGCCGUUUAGUGCGGAGAUGCAGGAGGAGUUGGAGGAGUUUUAUCUGAAUCGGUAUGCGAUGUGGUUUUCGCAGGGGCUGUUCGGGAUGGCCGCGGGGAUGAUUCCUAUGGUGAACAUUUGGGAUGACCAUGACAUAAUCGACGGGUUCGGUUCAUAUCCGCACCAUUUCAUGAGCUCUCCAGUGUUUUCCGGCAUCGGAAACGUCGCUUACAAAUACUACAUGCUUUUCCAGCAUCAUAGUCUUCCCCAAGAGCUAGAGAAAGACGAGCCGUCAUGGAUCCUCGGAGCAGAACCUGGUCCUUAUAUCCAGGAGCUGAGCCGGAACUUGUUCCUGUCUUUCGGGAAGCAGAUCGCGUUCCUGGGGCUUGACUGCAGGACUGAGAGGAUGCGGGAUUCAGUCUUAACCCAGGAGACUUAUGAUCUGGUGUUCGACCGGCUUGACAAGGAAAUUGUGCGGGGUGAGACGAAACAUUUGAUCGUUUUGUUAGGAGUGCCCAUUGCGUACCCGCGUCUCAACUUCCUUGAGAACGUCCUAACAUCCCGGGUGAUGGACCCCGUCAAAGCCUUAGGGCGAACUGGUAAGCUUGGAAACUUUGUGAAUAAGUUCGAUGGUGGAGUGGAAAUCUUAGAUGAUUUAGACGACCACUGGACGGCAAAGCACCACAAGCACGAGCGGAACUGGCUCAUCCAAGAACUGCAAGAGUUUGCCGCCGAAAACUCCAUUCGCAUCACAAUUCUCGGCGGCGAUGUGCAUCUCGCGGCGGUCGGGCAGUUCUACUCCAACAAGAAGCUCGGAAUCCCGAAAGACAAGGACCAUCGAUACAUGCCCAACAUCGUCAGCUCUUCCAUCGUCAACACGCCGCCACCGGACCUCCUGGCCGAUGUGCUGAAUCGUCGGAACAAGAUCCACCACCUGGAUCCGGACACCGAUGAGGAUAUGAUACCUCUGUUCCCGCAUGACAGCGACGGCAAGCCGCGAAAUAACAAAACCUUGCUACCGCGAAGGAACUGGUGCGCAAUCCGCGAAUAUCAGCCAGGCUCGACGCCCCCGCCCACUCCGCCUCCAAUAUCACCUGCCGACCAGUCCCCAAGCCGGUCGCGCAGCGAAAGUCGUGGUCGGGGCAUUACUCGAUCCCUAUCUCUGACCCGUGGAGCCGGGAGCCUCGUCCGCCGUCUCUCCGGCUCCCGCAAACGCGCACCCGCUGACCGCGAGCCGCAAACAGAGCGACCCACCCGUAGCGUUGCGCCUCCCCGCGCAUUCUUCAACCACCCCUCCGUGCGCGAAUCCGAGAACCACCCAGUGUCCUCCCACGAUCGUGCCCACUCUGCUGAACAGCUCCCCCCACGCCGCCCCUCCGACGCCUCCAACUCCUACUUCCCCGAAGAACCUUUCCACCCGGGGCCCUUCCACCGCCGCCCCACCAACCUCUCCGAAAAGUCCGGCCGGCGCAACAACCUCGCCCGCCGCGAUAGCCACCCCUUCACCAACCACGGCGAUGGUCUCCCCCCUUCCCCCCCAGGCGACCACAUCAACCUCCAAUCUGGCCUCGACAUCACCCUCAACGUCGAAGUCUCUCGCGGCGACCCCGCCGGCAUCACCCACCCCUAUCGCCUCCUCGUCCCCGCCCUCUGGUACUCCGGUCCCCCCGACAUCAACCCCGCUAGCCGCAAUGGCCGCCUAAAAACCCUCUUCGCGAGCCUUGGCCGCCGCCGUGCGGAGCACAGCCGCACAAGCGGGCUGGAGGACGGGGCGUUUGAUUCGCGGGCCACCACGCCGCGGGGCGUGUCGCGUGCGGGUGCUAGUGAGGACAUCAGCGAGGGAUACGGGCGGGAGAGAUACGGUGAGGAGUCGGAGCCGGCGUCACGGCCGCCGAAGAAGGCGGGGGGGUUAUUUCGCUCGUUGACCGGGCGGUUUGGAAGUAAGCGGAUCGUGGGGCCGCCGCCGCCGUAUACGCCUGGCGGGCGUGAGGAUGGGUAUAGUUUUGAGGAGGAUCGGGACGAGCGGGUGGCGGGGAGGGUGGAUGAGUAUCGUGGGACGGGGACACGACGGGCGCCGCAGCCGGUUGAGGUUCCGCGAGGGAUGUCGGCUACCGCGAGGGUGGGGCCGGAUGGGAGGCCGAUUAGGAGGAGUUAUCGGGGGGAUGCGUACGAUGCGGGGAUUGAGGACACGGAUGAGGAGGGGGAGGAGACGCCGCGGUUAGGGGAGGUGGAGAGUCCGUAUGGUGGGGCGAGGGAGAGGGAGAGUGAGUUUUAUGGGAAGGGGGGGUUUGAGGAGGGGGAGAGGAAGAGGGGUGGGUGGAGGCUUUGGAAAUGA